GUGGUGCGUUCGCGGACUAAUCCUUCAAACGCAAGAUUCCAAUCCCAAAUUGUAUGUCAUCACCUCAGCUCAUUAUGUUGGAUGCUGAAGGCGAUGCUGCGAGGUUUCUAUUGGUUCUCGGCGGCGUCGCUCAUAGGGUCGGUUUUUUUUCCCCAUGUAUAUACUUGCAGCUCUAACCAGCUGAUGCCCAGACAGUGAACACGGAGCCUGCAGAGAACAAGUAUUACGUGCAACUUAAACCCUGUCGUCUUCGGCUUUUUAUUGAUCGGGGAUUCGCUCUCACCUCCGUCCAGGGAUGAAGUGAGUGAUUUUUCAUCAUGUCACGACGCAUAAAGGCCUGAUUGGCUUUUUCGCCCCACUCUCUCUCACACACACGGCUUCUCAUGUUCCCACCUCAUUCCCUCCUCCAAUGUACAUGACGCCUGCUUGAGCAUCCUCACCUCGCAUCUGCAAGGCAUCGCUGAGGGGAGUGUUCGAAUAACCUGAAGAAAACGGGUAUCAUAAAUAAAUGAAAAUGACAUUUUCUGGCGUCAGAGCAGUUGCAUGAGGCAGACGGGGACGUGAAGACGAAGAGGACUUAAGACGAUGGGGUGUGGCCAGAGGCUCACCACAUUUCUCUCGGGCACUCCACUUGCCUCCAUCUCACAGCGGGAGUGCCACCGUUGAAACGCCAGCACCUCGUUUCACCUGCUGGACAAUCGCCACCAAACGGUGAUGUGAUGAAUAAAUUUGAAGUCCUUGGCAUUGUGGGUGAAGGCGCAUAUGGAGUGGUGCUCAAGUGCAGGCAUAAGGAAACAAAUGAGCUGGUUGCUAUUAAGAAGUUCAAAGACAGUGAAGAAAAUGAAGAGGUUAAAGAGACAACCCUUCGGGAGCUGAAGAUGCUUCGCACGCUGAAGCAGGACAACAUCGUCGAACUGAAGGAAGCCUUUCGCCGCAGGGGGAAGCUCUACCUCGUCUUUGAAUAUGUCGAGAGGAACAUGCUGGAGCUGUUGGAAGAAGUUCCUAACGGUGCAGCACCAGAUAAAGUGCGAAGCUACAUCUACCAGCUAAUCAAAGCCAUCAACUGGUGUCACAAGAAUGAGAUUGUGCACAGAGAUAUCAAACCUGAGAACCUGCUCAUCAGCUCCGAGGAUGUCCUCAAGCUCUGUGACUUUGGUUUUGCUCGUAACUUGUCUGAAGGAACGGAUGCCAACUACACCGAGUACGUGGCCACGAGGUGGUACCGCUCACCUGAGUUGCUGCUUGGGGCUCCCUAUGGCAAGGCGGUGGACAUGUGGUCAGUGGGGUGCAUCCUCGGGGAGCUGAGUGAUGGGCAGCCCUUGUUUCCAGGAGAAAGCGAGAUUGAUCAGCUAUUCACUAUUCAGAAAGUCCUUGGACCACUUCCUGCUGAGCAGAUGAAACUCUUCUACAACAACCCUCGCUUUCAUGGAAUCAGGUUUCCCUCAGUCACUCAUCCUCAGACACUGGAAAGGCGGUACCAAGGCAUUUUAAGCGGUUUGAUGUUGGAUCUUAUGAAGAACCUGCUGCUUCUCAACCCUACUGAGCGCUAUCUGACUGAGCAAAGUCUGAAUCAUCCUGCCUUCCAGCCACUGAGGCAGGUGGAGAGAGAGAGACCGCCACCUGCCUCGCCAAAUCCACCUCGCUCUUCCAAGAGGAAAACCCACCAUCAUGGAGAAAACACAGUCCCCACAAGGAGCCACACCAAGAGUUCAAGCCAACGCCGCUCCAGCAGCAAAGAAUGUUCAAGUCUUCCACGUCAUGGAGACCUUCAUCACCUUGGCAAUGAGAAUUUCCUCAACGGUAACAAACCCCCAUCAAGUUUAAGUCCAACACUCCACCCCAAGAGUCAGUAUCUUUCCCAGACACUAAAUCGCUCUGCCUCGUCAAACAAAGAUCUCGCCAAUAACAACCUACCGCAUCUCCUCAGUCCGAAAGAAAUCAAAAACAAACCUGAGUUUGAUUUCAAUUUGGUACCUUCACCCAAGUUGCCAGAACAGGGGCACGGUGCAAAGUAUGGCCACAGCAAGUCCAGUAGUUCCUCUCGAUCUCAGCAGCAACAACAACAACAGCAGCAGCAGCAGCAGCAGCAAGGUGGGCGCCACACCUUCCUGGAAAGCAAGAACAACACCUUACAGUCAGGAGGAGAAAAACAACACGGCAGACACUCCCACAGCGUGGCGGACUCAGCUCACGGGUCAAUGUCAUCGUCGUCCAAAAGCUCGGCCUCUUAUCUCAGCUUGUCCAAAAGCCACAGUGCUCUGAGUGAUGCCAAAUCCAUUGGGAACCUCAGUGAUGGUCGACUUCACCCUGACGACCCAAACUCAAAUGCAACAGCGCCGGUGGGGCCCAGCGCACGUUUCUUCCCUGCCAGUUGUCUUGACCUCAAUGCCCCCUCGGGGGCCCCGGGACCGCCUGGUAGCCCGUCGGCACGACACAGCGAUCGCUCCGGGCACAGCCCCGCAUCCCGUGGUAGCGGCAACGUCCGAAUGGAGAGCAGCACGCUGGACUCAUCCUCCAGACACAAGUCCAGACAUAAACCAAUGGCUCCAGAGGAAGCCAAGGCUCCAGAAAUUUUAGAUCCUGGGGGUUCAGCGAUGCCUGCCACCCACACACUGCCAUCCCCACAUGAUUCGUACCAUUAUGGCCUGGGUUACUCGUCCCCAUUCUCCUCCCAGCAACGGCCUCAACGUCACUCCAUGUACGUGAGGAGAGAACGCCACCGACCUCAUGGCGUAGAUGCUGGAAUGGCAGGCUUGCCCCCUCCAGGUCAAGCGAUACCAACACGAGCUUCUAGCUUGCAGCUCCUUUCACCGCAGCUUCAGCACAGGACAACCCUCACUGGACACUCAGUGAGCUCCUCUAGGGAAGACUGCACAGAUGGCAUGACCAGGGGCGAGCAGUCACCCAAAGACAUGAGCCACCCUUGUGUUCCUAUCAAAGAUUCAACAAGGGACAACACUGCAGCUUUUCAUUCUCAACGACCGCCCAAAAAUGAGGUUGGUAUGUAUCACGAUCCUCAUGGAGAGGAUGGCGUGUCCUCAAAGGAGAACCGUAUGAUCUUCACUGAGUCGAUGCCUCGAAGAGUUGGCAGUUUCUACAGAGUGCCAUCUCCAAGACCAGAUAACUCAUCGUCUUUCCAUGAGGGUGUUGGGCAGGGUCGGGGACCAAUCGUACCCGUUGUCCCCGGUAACCCUGUUUCUAUGGCCAAUCACUCCAAACGCCAGACUGCCUUUGACUGGAGCGCUGCUGAAGCAAUGGUGAUGAAUCCUCCAGAGCCUGCCAAAGAGAAGGAAAAGCAAGGCUUCUUCAGAGCCAUUAAAAAGAAAAAGAAGAAAACACAAAUAACCGACAUGGCGGACGGGAGGAACCCCAGUAUCAGGAAAAGCCUCUUCCCACUCUUCAGCUCCAAGAACAGCAUCAAGCACAACUCAGCUGUCAAAGUCCUUCCUGUCGUGCCCUCGCCGAUGCUGCAACAGCAGCCUCCGCCACCGCCGUAUCCUGGUACAACGGGACCAGUGAACACACAAGAGCAUUUGUCACUGCAGAGGGGCUCCAAGUCAUCCUCUCACCACGGAAGCCGUCGGAAGAACCGAGAGCGAUCUCGAGACAGAGACAGGGAACGAGAGCAGAGCCGAGAGCGGGAACGAGACCGGGAAAGAGAAAGAGGGCGAGAGAGGCUGAAUGACUGGCCUACAGAAAAAACGGCGGACUCGCAUUCUCAGAGCCAACCGCUGAAGUCGCUUCGCAGGCUCCUUCACCUUUCUCCGUCUCCAAACCAAGGCCAGCCCCCUGCUCCACCUCCUCCUCCAGCAGACCUGCGCUUCCAGCCCCCCCUCCCCAACCCCCCUCCGCCAGCUAAAGCAGCCUACACUGAGGGCAGGGGGCAUUCCGAGAGCCGGGGCCACUCCGGGGCCAGCGGGUCGUCGCAGGCCAAGAGUCGUAAGGCCAGCUACCCGCUGCCGGGCCAGCUAGAGUCUGCCUGGCACGUGUCGGCACUGCAACGGGCCGAGGGCGCGCAGUUCACGGCUGAACAGCUGGGCAUCAAAUCGGGGCAGAAUGGACCCACAUUUACCCGUGCCUCCCGCACCAGAAUGCCAAACCUCAAUGACCUGAAAGAGACGGCGCUCUAGACGCCAACCUCAAACCGAAGCGCCUCAUCGUGGACGCACCUGCCGAGAAAAGAAGCAGGCUUCAUCAUCUGGUUACAGUUGACAUGACAGCUUCUUGCACUCAUCCCACGUGAUGACCUGAUGGCGAUCCCGUACCACUAAUGAGCACUGGCAAAGGGACCAGCCCUAUGGGAAGCCGAUUGAGCAUUUAUUCCGUAUUCUUGAUCCAACUCAAGGUCCAGUUACCAACUAGUACACUCUCUUACCUCACUAGUAAGACAAACUGUGUAAUCGAUUUCUGUACACCCGUGCAUACAUGUGUAUACUAGUGAACCACUACUAGUAAUCCAAUUUUGACUUUGCUAGUGAAGACGGAAAGUGUACUAGUGUAAGGACCUCAAACUGGAUAGCAAAUAAGCAUUUGUGAGCCAUUCCACCUAAUCCGAGACCAAAAAUGAGGAAUUCCGACUGUCAUUAUUUUGCUUUCGACAAGCUUUACAAAACUGGAAAGAUAUUUGAAAUCAUUACAAAAUUGGUGAAGUGUUUCCCUUUAAAUUUGAGGAAAUAUGAGGAAGUUCAAGAUCAGAAAAAGACAAAGACAUGUUUGCCUUACAAUCUAUUCUUCAAACAUAACAAACUUCUGAGCCUCAUUUUGAUCAUUUACGCCACCUGGGCAAUGUAUUUUGCAGCUGAUUUUUUAAAACUUGGCGAAAGUUGCUUGAAAAUAUGCAACUUUGGAAGAUAAUCUUAGCUGUUUUAUCAAUGAGGUUGAUGGGUCUAAUUUCAAAAGCACGCUCAAACGCAACUAGAAUGUUAACUUCAACGUGAAAGUUUCUGCUGUGAGAGUUUAGUCAGAAAUUGUUCAGAAAAUAUCCCCAAAAAUGCUUGAUAAAAUACAAAUAUUGCCCCAACGGGUGUCCUACCUCAUUGUGACAUUGCAAGAAGCUUCAGCCUUGAGUGGAAUGGCUCACAUUAUAUUUAUGUUGGUUUUAUUUUUUAUUCAUUUAUUUGCUGUUGUUGCACUAGUAACAUGACAUAGGUGCACGAGUCAUGAUUUUUCCACAACUGUUAAGUCAUUUCUCCACACUACUACAAAUUGUAGGUCAACAUCUAGUGGGCAUUUAGAUGCCAUUUGGGUCUAGGAAGCAACUAUUGAGUGACAGAUGUGGUGCUAGUGCAGCACAGUAGUUUUUACUAGCAGUGAUUUUUAUUUAUUUAUUUUUUUUAUUAGUACACUGAAUUGUGAUACUAGUGAGGACAAAGUACUUCGGCUUUGGCAUAAAGGCUCAAGCGUUCCACCCAAUCAGGUUCUAACUGGUGGACUAGAACCUGCCUCUGCUGCCAUCUUCUGGUUAAAGAACACACCCGCAGCACACCCUGGUGGCCACGAAAGCAAAAAAUGUUUUCAAAUAUUUCACGAGAAAGAGAAAAAAAACAACGAUUUAUGGCAACAUAAUUUAUUAUUUGUUUAAAAUCCGAGAAUACUAUCGAUAGAUAUAUCUCUAAUAAGCUAUAUGGGAUUAUAAUAAGGAUAUACAGAGUUAAAUGUGUACUUACAAGCGCUUUAGUUUGACAGAGAUGAAUAGAAAUGCUAUUUAAUGGUGAAUGUCACUUUUGUUCAUUUUGAUAUGGUAUCAACAGAUUUUAAUAUUUUUUUCACUUUUCACUUUCUUUCCUAGGGACAAUAAUGAUUACCCAAUGUGAAAAAAAUGUAUGUCUUAGACAUGUAGUUAAAGAUUAUAAGUGUCCAGCAGUUGAAAGCAUUUCCGGGCUGUUUGUUGACAUGACAACAGCAGUUCUCUUCCUUGCUGCUAUAUUUGGACUUUGAGUACCAAGAAAUUGUUUUUGUGAAAAGUGAGCAUCUUGGAAUGAGUCAAAACAUGAAUUCAUGACGUCAUCUAUAGGUGGGAUUUCAUGAUAGGUUGUGAGGGAAAAAAACCUGGUUAAAAGACUACAAAUUAUACAACUGUUAGUGAUCAAAACCCAAUCAGCUAGAACCUACAACUUACUCCAUGCGUGGUUGGUGGCAGUUCUGCCAUGAUGUAUACAGAAACAGCACAACAAAACUUAUGUAUUUAUUUUUACCUCUUCUAAGCUUGGGUUUACAUAUUUUGUGCCCGUUUGCAUUCUUUGAGUUGUUUUUAAUAUCCAUAAUCAGGGACUAUUUAUAUGAUAGAUAGAUAGAUAGAUAGAUAGAUAGAUAGAUAGAUAGAUAGAUAGAUAGAUAGAUAGAUAGAUAGAUAGAUAGAUAGAUAGAUAGAUAGAUAGAUAGAUAGAUAGCAAAAGUAUACACACCCCCUGUUCAAAUGUUACGUUUUUGUGUUGCUAAAAAUGAGCGCGUUGAUUUGAAAGUCUAUGUUUGAAAAUAAAAAAAAGUUAACUCAGAUCAUUUGGUUGCAUUCGUGUAUACACCCUCUAAUAUUUUGGAAUGUCUUCAGUAUUAACUAACCACUUUGUUCGAACUCAAUUUUGCAUCUAAAAAUGUUAAAAUUUGAACAGGGGUGUGUAGACUUUAUAGCUCCAUUGUAGAAAGAUGUGUCAGUCUAAAAAAGAGAAACAAAAGCAAAAUGGUAAAUUACUACAAUAGCUCGUUACUUGAGUGAUUAAAAGCAAUAACAUUGAUUAAACAAUUGAAUGAAUUGACUGAUGUCAUCAAAUCAGUGUAAUUGAAGCUAAACAUAGUCAAGAGGGAGACUGGGAUUAGGAGCCCACAUUUAAUAUCCAUUUAUCCUUAGCUGCCUCAUGUCGUGGUUAUUGAAAAUCCUGAUUGUAUUUGAUUUGUUUACAUCAUCACUAGAAACAGUGUUGACAUGGUUUGCCUUGCCGUGACCUGAAGCCUUACAUUCACUUUUUAAUAUGGAAAAACAUGGCUUCAACCCUCCCCAACACUUCACAUACAUUUACUAAUACUUUCCUCCCUGAGCUAUGAAUGUUAUUACGAGGACAGCAGUUGCUUGUUUUCAUUACACAGAUGCCCACUUCUUACAAGGUGUAAAUAGAAAUACAGUGUAUCUAUACUGACUGUCCACACGAUUAUGAUAUAAUAAAAAAAAUCACAAUUUUUUUGAAUGGUUGUUUUGGUCUACCUACUGUUUUAUAUAAUACAAUUGUGUUGGCGCCAUCUGCUGGCAUCUCGGUGCCGACGAACUGUUGAAGUGAGUU